AAAAUGAAGAGGUGGUGGCAGCUGCUGCUUCGGGGUCUGGCUGCCGGGGGGAAACCUGGAUAGAGGCUCGUAAAGAAGGGUGAAGAGAAAGUCGCCGCUCUCUGGGAACGAACGUCUUAGGAAUGGUCAUUUUUAGCAGUGGAAUCUGCUGCGCAAAGGAGGAUUAUAACAAAUCUCUAUGAAUGAUAGACUCGAUUGCUAAACCUUGCCUUGACCAACCUUCUGACCCUCGGAGAAAAGUCUCAGGGUCUGCGUGGGAAGGAAAAAACCUUCCCAUUUGAAAAUAAACUUGAUUAAAAAAGACUGAUUUUUUUAUUUUUUUUGAGAGCCUAACUGAUUUAUAAUUACUUUUUUUUUUUUUCUUUUUGUCCUGUUUUGUGAUAAGUUGUUUUUAAAAGGAUUGUCCUACGUGGCUGUUUUGUGACUGGUGGAGGAAGGAAGGAUCCCUCUCAAGUGUUUCUGAUAUGACAGCUUUGGUUUCUGAAGAGUUAAGUGGUGUUUGCAUGAUACACUUAUUGCUAGUCUGGUAGCAGACUUUUCAUCGUUUUAUUUGCUUUUUUUAUUAACUGGGGCUGGUGGAGAGGGCUCUCUUGGUCAGAAAAAUAUUUGCACAUAUAUCUUUGUAUAUAUUUUUGGUGGGGUUCUCCCCACAUUUUACUCUUUCUUGAUGACUCCUGGAGGUGGUAGUGGGCCCAUGAAAGACUGUGAAUACAGUCAGAUCAGCACACACAGCUCUUCGUCUCCCAUGGAGUCUCCCCAUAAGAAAAAGAAAUCAGUUCCCAAGAGAAAAUGGGAGGUUUUUCCUGGAAGAAACAAAUUCUUCUGCAAUGGGAGGAUCAUGAUGGCUCGACAGACUGGAGUCUUCUACCUGACUCUUGUUCUCAUCUUGGUCACCAGUGGACUCUUCUUUGCAUUUGAUUGCCCAUAUUUGUCAGAGAAGAUUACGCCUGCUAUACCUGCAAUUGGUGGGAUUCUUUUCUUUUUCGUGAUGGGGACCCUGCUGCGUACUAGUUUCAGUGACCCUGGUGUCCUCCCCCGCGCAACACCAGACGAGGCAGCAGAUCUAGAGAGACAAAUAGGUAACACCGAAGAUAUAGCAAAUGGCUGCAGUUCAGGAGGAUAUCGUCCCCCUCCCAGAACAAAAGAAGUGAUCAUCAAUGGACAGACAGUGAAACUAAAAUAUUGUUUUACUUGCAAGAUUUUCCGCCCACCUCGUGCCUCACAUUGCAGCCUUUGUGAUAACUGCGUAGAACGGUUUGAUCACCACUGUCCCUGGGUAGGCAACUGUGUGGGGAAAAGAAACUACAGAUUUUUUUAUAUGUUUAUUUUAUCUCUGUCCUUUCUGACAGUCUUUAUAUUUGCAUUCGUUAUCACCCACGUCAUCCUUCGUUCUCAACAAACAGGGUUCCUCAAUGCUCUGAAGGACAGUCCUGCAAGUGUGCUGGAAGCUGUGGUGUGUUUUUUCUCAGUAUGGUCCAUUGUUGGCCUCUCAGGUUUUCAUACAUAUUUGAUCAGCUCCAAUCAAACAACGAAUGAAGAUAUUAAAGGAUCAUGGUCAAAUAAAAGAGGUAAAGAAAACUAUAAUCCCUACAGUUAUGGCAACAUCUUUACUAAUUGCUGUGCUGCUCUCUGUGGGCCCCUCUCUCCAAGCUUAAUUGACAGAAGAGGAUUUAUACAGCCGGAUACACCGCAAUUAGCAGGACCAUCAAAUGGCAUUACCAUGUACGGGGCCACACAAUCUCAGAGCAACAUGUGUGACCAAGAUCAGUGCAUUCAGAGCACUAAAUUCGUUUUGCAGGCUGCUGCCACCCCCCUCCUACAGAGCGAGCCAAGCAUAACUAGUGAAGAGCUCCCUUUACCGGGAAAGACUUCUCUCAGUGGGCCUUGUGCAACUCUGACUCUAGGGCAACCAACACCACCAUCUUCUAUGCCUAAUCUCACAUCAGAUUCAGGUUUGACAGACAUCAUACCAUUAAAAGAGGAGCACGAAGGCCAUCAGUUCCUCACUCCUGAAGAAGCUCCGUCGCCCCCCGGGAUGCUGCCGAGCGGGAGCCCUAUUGCACACAGCCGCACCAUGCACGUCCUGAGCCUAGCCAGCCAGGACUCCUUGCACGAAGACUCGGUGCGCGGCCUCGUGAAGCUUAGCUCGGUUUGAACAGCUUUUCUGAACAUCACACCACGCCCUGGUGUCUAUACAGAUCUGUGCUUGGCAGGAAUGACGCUGCAGUACCACUGUAAGGCUUCGUAACAUGCCUGUAAUGGAAACUUUAUCACUUAAUGGAGUCUACUAAAAGUAGACAAGUUAUUUUUUUCAAUGGAGCUAUGGCAUUUUUUUGACCAGGUUGUUAACGGUUGUGCUUUGAUGGUGACUGCAUUUUAUUUUUAAAUAAAACCAGAAAAGGUCAAUAAUCUCGUUUCCUGAAGCUGGGGUACAGCGAGUUGGAAGCCAGCCUGUACCAAACACCAUGUACAGUACAAAAGAGAGAGAUUCUUGGAUGUAAGUGUCAUGCUCUGUGUUCUAUGCUCUUGUAAUACACACUUGUUACGGCUUACCACACCUGUGGCCAGAAUGAUCUGCACUUACGUGUUAUGCUACCAAUAUUUGAGAUAGAAAAUUGCCAUUCCAUUUGUUAAUACAAAACAAAACAAAAGACUGCAGAUGUGGAUUUGCAUGCCACGCUACAGUAUGUGUUACAGUGGUGUUGGUAUUAAGAGAAAGUGCUGCUUUUUUAUUUGUGACUUUCAAAGUGCUGUUUCGUUUAAAGACAGUACAGCAAACAAAUUAAUGGACUAUAUUUUUUGAAUUUAUUAAAUUUUAUUUUAAAUUAAUCAGUGGUGCCUAGAAGAUGAUGAAUUACUGAUUUGAUCAUGUUGCAUAUCAUUUAACCUUAUGUUUAAGUGUUUAAGUGAGGUAUUGUGUUGUGCCAUACCACAAGAUCCUUCCAAUCCCUAAUGUGAUACAAUUACCUGUGGACCUCCAAUAAAAUGACAUCCUCU